UAUCUAGUGCUUGGUUAUGGUGAUGAAGCAGAGGCAUUCAUGGCUGAAUACCCUUGCGAGGCAUCCAGGAUAGCAGUUGAUGCUUCUUUACCAUCACAGACUGGGGUUUAUCUUCGAAAAAACUCACCAUUCACUCCUUUAUUCAGAAAGCAGCUUCAAAUAAUGAAGGAAACUGGAGUUGUGGAUACAAUCUUAGAAAACAGCAAAAGGGGAACUCGAAAAAUCACUCCUUGUAAUGAUUCUAAUCUAAUACUUGGGAUUCAGAGUACAGUUUUCCUAUUUCUCGUGAUAGGACUAGGAAUUCUCUUCUCCAGUUUUAUAUUUUUAAUGGAAAUGAUUUACUUUGCUGUACAGACAAACAUUUAACCUGUCUUACACAGGGUACCCGCACAGAAUGAGAAUUUAGACCUAAAAUCUGUUGAAAAAUACAGUUUAGUUUAGGUUUAAGUUAGUCACUCAAAACUAUAAAUAAUUUAAGUCAAAAGUUUUAAGUCAUGUAAUGAGUAACCCUGUUAUUUAAAAUAUAAAUCUAAGUCUGUUAAUAUUGUUUGGA